UCCACCUUCCAGAGCAGCAGCAUAACAAGUAUAGCGGCGAUCGAGCACUUGUAGUAGCAAGUGGAUCACUUGGAGCAGCAGCGAGCAAUGGCAAUGGGCAUGGAGGUCGAUCAGGACCUCCCCGGCUUCCGCUUCCACCCCACGGAGGAGGAGCUCCUCGGCUUCUACCUCUCCCGCGUCGCCCUCGGCAAGAAGCUCCACUUCGACAUCAUCGGCACCCUCAACAUCUACCGCCACGAUCCCUGGGAUCUUCCUGGGAUGGCAAAGAUCGGGGAGAGGGAGUGGUACUUCUUCGUGCCGCGUGACCGGAAGGCGGGGAGCGGCGGGCGGCCGAACCGGACGACGGAGCGGGGGUUCUGGAAGGCGACGGGGUCAGACAGGGCCAUCCGGAGCACCGCCGACCCCAAGCGUGUCAUCGGCCUCAAGAAGACGCUCGUCUUCUACCAGGGCCGCGCUCCGCGGGGCACCAAGACGGACUGGGUCAUGAACGAGUACCGCCUCCCCGACUCCGGCGCGGCGCCUCCCCAGGAGGACACGGUGCUAUGCAAGGUGUACCGGAAGGCCACGCCGCUCAAGGAGCUUGAGCAAAGAGCGUUUGAGAUGGAGGAGAUGAAGCAGAGGUCCGGCGGCAACGGUGGGUACGGCUACAGUGGCGCGGCCAGAGCGUGUCCGCCCCCGGUCCCGGCAGCCGGCGACUUCUACCUGUCUCCGUCCGACGACGUCCAGGAUAACUUCCUGAUCCCCUCCUCCUCGUCGUCGUCGUCAGUGGCGUUGUCCGGCAACAGCAGCUGCCACGACGCGCUCAGGGUAGCCAAGAAGGAAGCAGACGUCGCCACGGUCACCGUCGUGUCGAUGUCGUCUCUAUCGAAAGCUGCGAACGCCCCCUUCCAUCUUCAGCUCCCGGCCGUGAACCCACCCUGCGGCCUCCAGCUCCCGGCGGCGAACCAUGGGAUAUCCAGCCUGCAGCUCCCGGCGGCGAGCCAGGGUGUUGUGGACCUGCCGAGCCUGCAGCUCCCGGCGGCGAGCAGCCACGGAGUGUUCGACUGGCUAAAUGACCCGUUCCUAACGCAACUGCGCAGCCCGUGGCAGGACCAGCAUUGCAUGUCGCCUUAUGCCCAUCUGCUAUACUAGCCAGAUGCAAGUCGUGCAAACUGCAAAGAGAAAGUAUGCAAAACUUGAAGCAGAUUAAUGGUAGUUGUAAAUUCAGUUAUGCAUAGUACUACAAACCUAGACGUCAGUCUCUUUGUUCAACAACACAUGACAGUUUAUAACUACGAGCUUGCUAAAACUCAGUCGACUGAGAUUUAGUGAAGUUCUCAAUCGACCUUGUAGCAUUUUCUGGCAUCGUUUGCAACAUCUUUUACUAUCGG